AUGGAAGCUGCAUCGGGUGGAGAACCUCCACCACCGCCGCCGUCAGCACUACCUCAACCGAACUCAUCACCACCACCAACACCAACGCCAACGCCAACACCAAGCCGUUACGAGUCACAAAAGCGACGAGACUGGAACACGUUCCAGCAGUAUCUUCCAAACCACAAACCACCGUUAACACUAGCACGUUGCAGCGGAGCGCACGUGAUUGAGUUUUUGAAAUACCUCGAUCAAUUCGGAAAGACGAAGGUGCACGUGACCGGUUGUCCUUAUUUCGGACACCCUAACCCUCCUUCGCCGUGCGCUUGUCCGCUCAAGCAGGCCUGGGGAAGCCUCGACGCUCUCAUCGGACGUCUCAGAGCCGCUUUCGAGGAAAACGGCGGUAAACAGGAGAGUAAUCCGUUUGGAACUAAAGCGGUUAGGAUUUAUCUCAGAGAGGUUAGAGAAGGUCAAGCUAAAGCUAGAGGAAUCCCUUACGAGAAGAAGAAACGUAAGAGAUCCACUGUUACCACCGCAACUAUUGUAUCAACAGCAGCCGCGGUGAUAACCGGUGAAGCCGGCGCUAUUGACGGUAACACCAAUAGAACAGGAGUUAGUGUCACUGCUGAGAUAGUAUAG